AACAGUCUCAACAUCUCAACCUAAUGAAACAAAUCCCUUAAUAACCAUAUCGAGUCAUGCAAAGUACCGAAGAUGAUGCAGGGCUUACCGAAUAUCGUUUGAUGCUUCGAUCAAAUUAUGCCCCAGAUGUAGAAAUGAAGUAACUCAAUAUCACCGAGGCCUGCAAACUUGCAUUUCGUUAAUUCUACUAGAGACAUUGCCAAAGAGGCAUACGAACAGGCUCGUCGAGCUUUCGUGGAUGAACUACAAAGAGACCAAAAGGGCGGAAGUCUUGUCUUUGAUCCAGCUGCUCGAAUGGAGGAUGUGUUUUCGUUCAUCGAGAAGACUAAACGUCAAUAUGAUAGCGAAUCACAGUCCAGGCGUGGGGUAUUUCGAUGGCUGGGGAAAUUCUCUGCUCGACUUAUGUACUAUGGGCAGGUGUUGGAUGUGAUAGCGCAGCAUCAUCCUGAAUAUGUUGCACUAGCCUGGGGAGCAAUCAAAUUCAUCUUUAUGAGUAUUUUGAAUCAUUCGCAGCUUUUAGCAGAAUUCACUAAAGCUCUUGCAUGUAUCGGGGAUGCACUUCGUCAAACCAGACUGACGGCGGAAUUGUAUCAGACCGAUGCAAUCAAGGAAGCGAUAGCGCAACUAUACGCUCAUAUCAUGCUGUUUUUCCAAAAGGCUAUGAGAUGGUACAACCGAAGUUCGGUGGGCCGUGCUGUAUCCGCAAUUUUUGAACCGUAUGAAUUGGAGUACAAAGAUACGGUAGAGCAGAUCAAACUAUGCGCUGAGACUGUAGAAGAUAUUGCAAAUGCUGCAAGUCGAGCUGAAACCCGAGACAUUAAUAUCACAAUCAACCUUGUCCUAGCUGAGAUGAGGAAAAGGGAAGUAAAAUUAGCUUUGAUGCAAGAGGAGAUUACAAAGACCAGAUAUGCCCAGUGCAAGAUGGAGGAGGUGGUUAACAGCACGCUUUUAGUAGCCACAACUAACAAAACGAUCACCGAGCGGAUCGACGGCAACAUCCAAGACAUGACACCACGAAUACGAGACAUACAGUUCUCUCAGAUUCUUCAGGCCUUGGACACUCAAUCGUCUUCCCGGGGUGCUUUACCUCUUCUGCAAUCGAUUACUCAGAGAGCACGUGCCAGCAGGACACCGCACAUCGACUCGACGGAAAUUCUUCGUAGCCUUCAAGACUGGUUUUCGGCUCCUAGAUCUUCGUUUUUUGUGGUGAGAGUUGGUACAAGAGCUGAAUCAAGGGCAAGAGAGCUGGCUGGCGAUGUCAUUACGCUCUUGCAAUCGAAGGAUCAACCGGUGAUCUGGAGACUUUCGUCCAUGAGAGGGGUGACCGAGGAGGCCACCGGAACUGUUACUAGCGUCAUCAAAGAAUUGAUCUCGGAAAUCUUGCGACUGGACCCUUCUCUGAUCAAUAAACAUCCAGAUGAACUCAAUAUCAGCCAGUACCUUGCAAAUCACAGCGAAACGGAGUGGUUGAAUCUCCUUCAGAGAUUCUUAAGCCGGCUGGGAAAAUGCUUCAUCAUCAUUGAGGCGCACGAUCUCUUUCGAAUCAAUAAGGCGAAUCAGGACUGGAUGAUAUCGUUUUUAAUGCUGUUCCAGCAACUAUUGGGCCACGGGGCGUGUUUGAAAGUACUGGUUCUGGCCUAUGGCACGGGAGACAUGGCGAGUCUCAAGGAUAACGAAUGCAUGGUAAAGCACCUGCGGCCGCCGACAGUAAUACCUGCCUCGCGGAAACGCGCCGUUGUUGCUGCACACAAACGAUCGGAACGAGGGUGGCGGCGAAUGCAACCGAAGAUAUGAGGAAUGAUCAGACUUUGGUCCGAACUUUGUCUGUUUUAUCAGUCGUUGAGUUUACAUAGACUACCAUAAUGUGCGACAUUGUAUGCCUUGGUUACUCUAGUUAUCAAUUAUUUGCAAGUGGUGUGAAAAUACCGAACUGCAUCAGACCAAGAGCGUUCUAUCUCACCUCAUUUACUCGCGAUAGCUGGUAGUGAAGUUACAUGCUAUGUUGUGUAUGGAGUUGCGAUCGCGGGAAUCUACGAUUCGUACGUGGAUUUGAGCA